AGCUACUCUCUUAGUCGUGUGAAGAUUUUUGUAAUAUGCACUAGCUAUAGUUGUUUUCAACCGCAAUCUAAACGUCGCACCGGUUACACACGCCUGCUUCUACCAGUACUAUCAGAGACGAAUGAUGUCGACCAAAGCCAAACCGUCUUCGUCAUUGUUCACCUCGUCCUGGGUGGCUUCGUGCUUGCUUUUGUUUCUUUUCGCAGCGCACGCUGACGUCGAUGUUGCCCCUCCUGUAGCGAGAAACAAACCGAAACCUGCAGAACAGCACAGCGCCUCUUCUCAGGCGCAGGACAGGAAAAGUAGAACAACACCAACCAAGCAAGAUGUCGCCGGUUCUAGAAAAAGUGAAGCCGAAACAAAAACGCCACGAGUUGCCAAGAAGACUAAGAAAAAGAAGCAGAAAAAGGACGAAGAUCAAAAGAAGGACGGCAAUUAUGCAGAUGAAAAAAGUAGCCCCGCCGCCCCGGUCGAUACAGCACGACUGAGAAAACUGUUUCCAAACAGCAAGAACAUCAAUGCGGACGAUCUGCAGAGGUCCUACGAAGGUUUCCUGCUUCUCAAAGCGCUGGAGUUUCUGAAGGAUUUCAUAAAUCUGGAAAGCUUCUUCGAGCAAGCGCACGCAGUCACGCAGCGUGUUGCGCGAUCUUCAUUCGGAAAUAGUAGAAGAACGGAUCUUCAAGAGGUAGAGCCACGGCCAGGUGGUCGGGAAAAACUACUGUUGGACGGUAACAACAAGCAGCCGACCAGCACCUCCGGGAUAAAAAAGAGCCAUCCCGACGGUAGUGCAGAGGGCGAAUUACAAGGAGAUCAUAGCACAUUUGGUUUAUUUCCACAGCAAGAAGACAAUCACGUGACCACCUGGUUUGUGGUGAUUAGCCGCGCGCAGCUCUGUACUCUGUGCAAAAGUAUCGUACUCGUAGUAAUCGCAGUCAUGCAUGACAAAUCUCACUUCUUAACCUCAAGCCGCAUUACAAAUUUCAUUUUUUAUGCUGACGGAAUUUGUCAUGCGAUUUCUACUAGUACGAUGCUUUUGCAUUUCAUACUCUGUCUCCUGAACAACUACCUCAGCUGGAUCGUUUUCGGCCCGUUGGUGGGGUACCACCCGCUCGAAAAUAUGGAUUGCAAAAAUGUCUGGGUCUGGAAGAUUGCCAAAUUUGUCAUGCAGGUUUUCCAUAACCCGUGAGGUCUGGUAUGAAGGACAUAGCAUGACAGAUUCUGCGAAGCCUUUCCAAUGCCUAUCCUGCAUGAGAAAGUGCCUCUCGACUAGGUCAAAAGUGCACAACCUUUGGCAAUCAUGCAACACAGCUUUUUGCCUGAUUCAGAUUUAGCAUGACAAAUUGCAUUCUUCCAGACCCAGACAUUUUUACAUUUGAUAGAGAAGCCCUUGAUCCAAUUCGUGUUCACGCUGGACGAGAAGAGCUUUCAGUACUGCCUCUCCGUGCGGAAAGAGAUUGAAGAUCGCGGAUAUUACAACACUAAUAAUGAUCAUUAGGGCUGUUGUGACCCCUCAGGCCCCCCCUCAGGCCCCCCUCAGGCCCCCCCUCAGGCCCCCCCUCGACCCCUAAGGGUAGGGUUAGGCCCCCCCUUAGGCCCCCCCUUUUUUUUUUCGCGAUCGCCGAAAAAGGCCUUCGAGAGGCCAUCCCUGCGGCCCCCCCUAAGGCCCCCCCUGAGGCCCCCCCAAUGGCCCUCCUUUUGUCCAAUUAAAGCGGCGGGAUUCGGCCGCUUCUUCUUUCUUUCGCGAUCGCACGCACCUGACCCAGAACAUAAAGCCGCGCGCAUUAUCGCGGAACACUCCACGCAGGCAGCGAACAAGUCCAGGCGGCGCCGCGCGCUUUGCCUUUGCGCGGCCUUUCGCUUCUCAUUCUCCCUCAUUGCGGGCGGGGCCGCUUUGGAGAAAAAAAUCUUCGCUGUCUUUCGAUUCCGAUUGCGGGCGGUGCCGCUUUGGAAAGCAUUGCCAUUGCGGGCGGGGCCGGCCGCUUUGGAAGGAAAGUUUUGCAACAAGUCCGCGGGCGGGGCCGCUUUGGAGUAGUGCCUAAUUGCGGGCGGGGCCGUUUCGCCUCGAGCAGAUCUACUUCUUGCCCUUCCCCUUCUUUCCCUUGGCGCCUGCCUUGGGCUUCGCCGCUUUCUUUCUUCGCCUCCGGCCUCUUCUUGGCCUCUGCCUUCAUGGCCGCGGCCUUCAUGGCUUUGCUCGCACCCUCCACUUUGGGCCUCCGGGGGGCUGGAAAAAAACAAAGUGGGGGGGCGGCCCGCCUCUGAAAAAGCGGCGGGCGCCCCACAAUAAAGCUGUUGGGAGGAUAAAAAGCAGAGCGCGGGGAGAGUCGGCCGGCCGCGUGCCGCGGCAUGCAAAGGGCGACGGCCUGCCCCCCCGGGGCUCGCUCGGGAGACGAAGGCGGCAAAACCUUUCCAAACGGCGGGCUGGCACGGAAAUCAAUGGGGCGGGCACCAGGUGGCCGCGGGGGGGCGGAACCAUCCAAAACAGGCACCCUCAACCUGUGGGCCGCUUUUUGCGUUUGCGCGCGCCCGCACCAUCCGCCCAUCCUUGGGGCGCCCGGAGCCCCCGGGCCCGUGGAGCAUGCCGGAAGCGCGCGGGGCGGAAGCAAAGGAAGCAGGCCGGCCGGGCGGCGGCGCCCGCGCGCCCCCCGAAAAAGGCAAACGGCCCCCGGGAGUUUUCUCUGCUUUUCCUUUUGCGUGGUAAAUAGCCGGAAUUAGUAGAAAAAAAGGCGGGCGGCCCCGGUUGCGGGCCACCAAAAGAACAAAACAGGGCAGAAACGUACCGGCGCAAGAACAAAAAAGGCCCCCCCGGGCCCCCCGCUUCCCCCUUUUGCCAUGCUGCGCGCAAGCGGAGCGAACGGAGCAGCCGCGCCGAAAAGCAAAGAAGCAAACGGCGGGCCUUCCUGGAGAAGGAGAAGGCCGCGGCAAAGAUUCGGGGUGGGGCGCGCAGCUUUUUGGGCGGUGCGGCCUCUAGCAGGUGUGCGCCACCCCCGCUCGGGGGUUCUAGGAGCCGCUCCCGGCCCCCCGCCGCAGCUUUGUCCGCUUGCUUCCCGGAAAAUAAGGCGCCCCAAAAUGCCGAGAACAGCCGUCGAUGGCCAUGGUGAGUGUGUGGAGGGCGUAGCUACGUAAGGCAAAGCAAUUUGGCCGGCCCCCCCUCCGGGGCCGGUUGCUUGCAGGCGCCCGCCGCGCAUCGCGAGCGACAGACUACCUUCGGAAGUGGGCCCCAUUCAUUGCCAAGAGUGGCCAGCACCAACCAACGGUGGGGGGGCGCGCGCUAUCGGUCCGCCCCUUGGAUUUCCGGGGCCCCCGGGGUCUGUGGGACAGGCCCGAGCAAGGCGGAGCUUAGGCUUCCCCGCCCGGAAAGGGACGCCUGGCCCCCGGAGUUGUAUUGUGCUUUUGCGCAGCCGGCCGCAAGAAUUAUCGAAAAAAGGCGGGCAGCCUCGGCGGCUUGGGCCGCGCGCGCUGCACGGUGAUUGGCGCCUGCUUGACCCCCAACGGGGUUGAUCUGGGGCGGGCGCAAAGGGUAGGAAGGCCCCGCUGUUUGCCGGUUGUAGCAGAGCGGGAGUUGGCCCGGGCAAGACAAAAAAAACUCUCCCGGCGGCCUGCCCGCCCUGGGGCCCCCCCGGAGCCCCCCCCCGCGGGACCCCCGCUGACCCGAUGGGAUGCCCCUUUUGCGUUACCGCGCGCGGGCGGAGCGAACGGAGAUGCCGCGCGCAAAAACAAAGAAGACAGGGCCCCCCCACCCUGCAGAAGACCGCGGCCGGCCGCGAUUAUGAACGGCGGGCGCGCGCAGCUUUUGUGGGGGUGUUCUAUCUCUCUAGCAACACCCACGGCCUUUGCAGCUGGGCUCCAGCCAGGGAACAAAACAAACCGGCGCCCCAUAAUUCCGGGGGCAGUUUUGAUUGGCCGCGGCAAAGAAGUUGGCCGCGCGCCCGACCCCCCGGGCAGGCAGACUGCCGGAAGGGGCCGCGCUCUGCGCCGGGCAGCGUGCUUCGGAAGCUGCUCGCCUUCUCGGCAACAUGGGCGGCCUGCGGCCCCCACAAGCUCCGUGCCGCCGGCCGUUUUGUGCUUGCGGCCCGCGCGCGCCGCCGCCCUUCCGUGGCAUGUGCGGAGGCCAAAGAAAGGGCCGGUGGGACAUGUCGGAAGCAAGGCGAGAGGAAAAGCGCCCCCCUGUUUGUUUUUGCGCGACAGACGGAAUCCACUAUGCAAAAAAAGGCGGGCAACCUUCGCUGCGGAUCGCGGGCGUCUGUGCCACCCUGGCCGCUCGAUGUCCGCCCGACCUCCCCGUGCCUGAUCUGACAGGUUGGCUACGCCUGCCGCGCAGAGAGACGGCCCCCCCGGCUGCCGGUCGUAGCAAAGAAGAAUGUGGCGCGGGACAAGCAAAAAAGCGCACCAGAGGCCCCCGAAGGCCCCCCCUAAGGCCCCCCCGACGCCCUCCCCGGCGGCCCCUUUUCCGCUGCCGCGCACAACAGCGAAACAAGCCGAAGCCUCAAAGAGUCGCGCGAGCGAACAUUGCCCCGCGCGAGCGCCUCGGCGGGUAGCUUCUGGAAGUGCCCGGCCCGGCAGCCCGGGCUUGCACAACUCAAGACCUGACCCCGAAGUCAAGAAAGCAAGGCCCACAAAACGCGUCCUGGCCCCCGGGGUGUUUGUUUUUGCACGACAGACGGAGUGCAUUAUGCAAAAACAAGCGGGCAACCUUCGCUGCGGGUCGCGUGCCACCCUGGUUGCCCGAUGCCCGCCCGACCUCCCCACGCCUGAUCUGACUGACUGCGCCUGCAGCGCAGAAGGCCCCCCCGGCUGCCGGUCGUAGCAGCAAAGAAUAUGGCGCUCCCCAAAGAGGCGCACUGUAGGCACCCCGGAAGCCCCCCCGGAGGCCCCCCCUGAGGCCCCCCUGAGGCCCCCCUGAGGCCCCCCCUGAGGCCCCCCCGAGGCCCCCCCCUGCGGGGGGGGCCCCCAAAGCCCUUUCCGGCGGCCCCUUUUCCGUUGCCGCGCACAACAGCAAAGCAAGCUCCCCCGGACGGGCCAAAGAGUCGCGCGCGCGAACAUUGCCCCGCGCGGACGCCUCAGCCGGUAGCUUCUGGAAACAAAUGCUCGGCCCGGCUGCCCGGGAUUGCACAACUCAAGACCUGACCCCGAAGUCAAGAAAAUAAGGCCUGCGCAAGAUGGUGCCCCGUCUUCUUCGGUUGGCUCCGCGCUGCCUUCUGUUCUUAUGGGUGCUCUGCUGUGUGAUGCGCCAUGUUUUUUGAAGAGCCAACGCUACUCCUAUCCCAGCCUUUUCGUUCCCUUCCUCGCAGGGGGCCUAGCCCAACAGUCUUAGUGAGCAUUUUGCCGUAUACUCGCUAUCUGCUUGCAAAAGGAUCAAGCUCAAGAAAGGGUCGCCCAUCAGGGCGACCCGUCUUCUUGUAGUCAUCAUAGAGAGGAGGAGCAAGAACAGGGAGAGCGUAGAGCAUCUCGAUCGAAAUCCUCGGUAGAAGGUGGUGGCAGUAAAACGAAUAAGGCGAAUGAAAAACCCACUGUUCAUCAACACCAGAAACUUCUUCUCCCGCCUCCCAACGUCGGCCAGGAAAACAGGAAAAUCGAACUACACUGCGUCCCGCCCUGGUCCACGAAAGAAUCUGGCCACGCGAAAACCAGCUUAGGAUCCCGGUUUUUCAACCGAGUAAACUGGAUUCGCCCGGCGCUUACCUACGUCGCGGUGUUUGCGUUGCGGUUUUCCGUUUUGGUCUCGGAUGUCGACAUUGUGCACACCCGGUUUCCCUGGGGACCCCACACGGAAACGCAGCUGACCAUGGUCGGGAAUAGAGUAAUUCAUGUCCAAAAUAAAGUAGAAGACGAGGAACAUCAGGAAAAGCGGAGCAAGAUUCCCGAGUCAUCUGAGAAUGCUGUUUCUGCCUCUUCAGGUGAAGUUCUUUCCCCAGCCGUAUCCCACCUCCAACCACAACCUUUCCACAUCAGCCGCUACCUCUCUAACCACAUCGAGAAGGCGUUCGCGGAGCAGGACCGAACGCAAGGGAAAACUUCGGGAUCGGAAUACGAUGACUGGAUGCGGAACCGGUACAGCAACGCGGGAUUUCUCUUCGCCAAGCGCGACGAGUACGAAGUUCUCGCGGACUGGUUUGCGCAGGUCAGCGACACCUAUUACGAUCAGCACGGGCUAAACUACCUACUGCUCCACAAACGGGAUCGGACUCACGGAAUCCACGACAAAGUGGGGUACUUCGACCCGCUGAUCGUGUGUGCCUGUCGCGACGCGUGCCACAACGCGACGGUUGGGAUGAGUGCAGAAGAUAGGUUCGUCGCAUUCGCCCGCAGAGCCAGUACGCACUACAGCUGCGACGGGCGGGAAAGAUUCAAACGGGAGGACAUGGCGAAGGACGGACUGUGGCAGCCGCGGUUUUCAACUGAGACAAGCGAGUGUGGCUACACGGGGUUGCCGCAGGGCGUUGCGGUAGAUCCAAAGACGGGAGAGUUUGUUUUGGAAACGGUGCAGAGGGGGGAUGCUUAGCACGUACUUGGUUAACUCUACUGGAACAUCAGUGUCUUCUACUGUACCGACGCCACGACCUUUUCCUUCCCCCUACUUGCAGCAAAUCAUGAGCAAGCUUAGCUAGUGCUUUACUUAGCUUUUUUUCCGGGUGAAGAAUUCGAUCGAACCUUCAAAACGCCAUAUGACAGUGCUUCCCGCCGAGCCACUAUUUCCAAAACGAUCUGCAUCCGCACUAAAACUUAGCAAGAGAACAAGCAUUCAUCCACGUAGAUCCGUUAUAAUUUCCCUUGGUUCCUAGAACAUUGCGAAAGUAUACAACCGUUUUUGUGGACGAUCUACAUCACGGGCGGACGAUCUACAUCAUUGCUCCUAUCAUGCGACCACUCUUAUUUCCGACUCACUUUUAUCGGAGUCCUUUGUUGAUGAAUAGAAUCAAGUCCUCGUUCGCCGAGCUGCAAUACUUUUGGUGGUGAUUGCGUUUCCUAUAUGGAUGUUUUUUGCCCCUCUAGUUUCGCUUUCGCUUUCAAAUUCAAGGCACACAACCCGCCGCACGCACGUGUAGUUUAUUUUGGAUCAUCAGUCUCACUCUUGCAGCAUGUCACGGCGACGCGCUCGUGGUAAUGAAAGCCCGAGACUCGCGCAGCAUCGAUUGGCAAGCAGUUCUAAAGCAUAUUGAGAUAUGGAAUACGCACGAUCAGCAUCACACAGUUACUAGAU